AAAUCGUUUUGUAGUUCUGUUUGUAAAAAUUGUGCUUUUCGUUUGUGAUUUUCAUAGUGUUUUGUGUUAAUGAACUUAUUCAAGUUUACAGUAAAUUAAUUACCAAAGAUGGAGGAAGAUCUGUUUUCCUUUGGCAACAGUUUAAACUCUUUCAUUGAGAAAAACCAACCCAAUGAAGCAGAAAAAUUCCUAUCUCAGAUUAAUCGAACAUUUACACUCACUGAGCUACCAGCUUUAACCAUCGAUACGUACUUUUUGAACAUAUUCAAUAAGACGACCGGCCUUUUGAAUUUUGUAAAACGUGUUUUACAUAAACCCGAGUACAAAAAGGUGAAGAUAGUCUGUUUCGAAUUUUUAAAUACGCUUGUCCGUAAUUUUCCCGUUAAAAUUGGGGGACACUUAUUGGACAUUAUAGAAACUUGCGCUCCUGUGGUUCGAUCGUCUUGUUCGGUCAGUGAAAAGGAGAAGUCAUUGGAGCUGAUCACCUUAAUUAUCGAUAAAGGUGUCUUUCCUUCAGAUUGUGAGGAUGUGGAAAGAGAAAUAGCAGUUUUAUAUAAAGACACGUUGUUUAAAUGUCUUUAUAGCAGAUUUGAUAAAAGUUCAUCAGUUCAAGAAGAGCUUUUGAUAGUAAUUGGAGCAGUAACAAAAAAAUUUCCAUCAGCCAUUUCGAACGCAAACGAAUUAGGAAAUACCCUAGUAAAUCUCCUGAAUAGAGAGCUGCAAACUACAAACAAAUCAAUGCCGAUUAUACACGGUUGCGUUGCUGCGCUAUCGAACUUUUUGGAAAAUUUCGGGUUCAACAGUCAGAAUAGUGAUGCGGUUUUUCUCAAGAUCUACAGCUGUCUUAAGAUGUUAGCGGAUCCCGGUGGCGCACACAGAAAAAUAGCAUUUAGAGAAUCUUCGUCACUUUUGGCUAAGCACGUGGUACUGUUCUCGCAGUACGUUUAUCCGGAAGCGAAGUUCUGGCACACGUCAUUCUUGAAUUGGUUCAAUCUUGGAGCCGAAGACAAGAAGUCCGCGUAUAAUGUUUUGGAGUCGUUUCUCCAGGAAAUCGCGAACGUGCUCAGUGCUCGGGAAGACCAGGAGCUGUUUCAAUAUUUUCUUACCUACUUUAACAAGGUUAUCUUCGAAGGUACCGUGGAUAACUACCAAAUGCAGUUGGCAAUCCGCGGAUUGGGCCUGUUUGCCUGUUGUUUUCGCUUGCAUAUUUCUGCAGUGGAAAUCAACCACAUCUUCGUUACCAUUUCACAAAUAUUGGAGAAUACCUACAUAUUAACCGAGGAUUUGAGUCCUGAUCAAAUUGCGUACUUGCCACAUUACGUGCAAACCUUAUCCUUUAUCAUUACCAAUUUGCCCGAAUUGAACAACAGUCACAUUGUCAGUCUUCAACUAAUAUCAGUCGUGCUAAUUAAAGUGUUCCCACAGUUAUCGACUUUGCAGCAUUACUUAGUCGUGGACGCCUUCAUCGUUAUGUUCCACCAACUGUUGCAAUGCGAAAAAAAUGUUCUCGAAUCGUUUCUUGAAGAAAUCAUCUAUCAGGGCGUGAUAUGGACUUGCUCACAUCAGAUUUUUUCGGACGCGGAACAGUUGAAGGAUACCAAUCGUGAAGCAAUCACUUAUAAGAAUUACCUUCCAUUUUGGAACGGUAUGCUCGGGGUUAUGAAUUUGACCAGGUACGAAAAAUACGCGAUUGAUUUAACGAAGCGGAAACAUCUCCUCAAAAAACUAACCAACGCACUCGUGAAGACGCUCUUUGUGCUUAUCAAUAAAUUAAACCUCAAAACUAAACUAAAAAACCCCGAUAAUCCAGUCACCGAUCCAGAAUCGGCAUUCGAAGCCCUGCAAACUAGUGACUUUGUCGUUUUCGUUAACGUUGUGGAUUUUUAUCAAGAUAUCCUACGCAACGUGAGCCCCGAGAUUUUUAAGGGUUGGAUUAGUCAGUGUGUUAAUCAGAUUAUUUAUAAGUCACUCCAGUAUCCUCUCGUGAGCGGCUUCUACAAGCUACUAACUUCGUGUUUACAAAUUUGUGACAAACUCAACUACUUUAAUGAGACCCAGUUGGAAAUGGAGGAUGUGAGGAUGAGCUACAAUUCCAUUCUGCAAUUCGUCGAAGAUAUGCUUUGGAAAAUGAAACAGUAUAAGGGAGACUUACAAAUUGCUUGCCUGAAUGUACUUCUCACUACUCCCAUUGGUAUAGUAAAGGAAAUACUUCCCAGAGCAGUUCCCGCGUUUGUCGUCUUGUUUUCGGUCGGCCGUAGUUACUUGCACAUUGCAGGCUUGGGGGUCGAUGUCUUACUGAGGUGGUAUAAGAGCUUACCUGCGAUCGAAAUCGAGCCCUUUUUGGCGGAGGUUUUGCCUUGUUUAGAUUCUUAUUUAAAAAGUAGGUCUUUGGGAGGAGGCUUAGAAUCUAACUUGGUAGUAAAGCACCGGAAAACAAAGAAGGCGCUUAGCAAAAGGAAGGUCUUGGUACAAACAGAAUUGGAACUAUUUAAACUACAAACGAAAAUUAUUACUUUAAUCGGGCAACUUAAUACCAAUUUAUGCAUGGCGUUUAUUAACCCGAAGGAUAACCCUAAACCAGUCGUAUGGAACAAAGCUCCCUCUUUGAAAGUACACCUUCCUUACAAUAACAAGUUAACGCUGUACUUCGAUAAAUUCGUACCGAGAAUCGUCGAGCUGUCCCUAUAUUCGAGUGACCGUAAGAUGCGUUUAGCGGCAUGCGAGUUAUUACACGCCGUUGUCCUGAUUUUGUUAGGAUCAAGUCAUCCGAUGGAUGACAAGAAGAAGAAGGACGUCGAUUAUUUAGUAAGAAGUGUUGCGGAGCCUGUGUUAAAACUAGGUUGUGACUCGGACGAAGUAGUUGCGCAGCUGUUUUCCUCGCUAGCUGUUCAAAUGAUGCACUAUUACUCGCAUCCUCGUCAAAUGAAUAUGUCGCAUACUGAAAUAAUUAUUGAAACUUUAACGGAAUCCAUUACCAAUCCGUCCGAUUCCGCCUUACGAGACUUAUCUGGGAAGUGUAUUCAAGAAUUUAUUAAAUGGACAAUCAAGCAAGCGAAAACGAGGGAUUUGGAACGAAAUCCGAUCAAUAUCAAAAUUUGGAUCCGAAAUAUCCAAUCUUUAAGUGCUCAUCCCGAUCCAUUUAAAAGAUUGGGCGCGGCGCUGAUAUUUAACCAUAUCUACACGGAUUUAAGAGAAGAAAAGGAGAUGUUUAACAUGUUUUGGUUGGAAAUACUGGAAGCUUUUGUUACCAACUUAUCGCUAACGCAAAUACGUAAUGCGGAUGAUAACAAUUGUGUCGAACAAGUAUUGAUCGCGUUAAAUCAUGUACAAAGAGGAUUUGUUGAAAAAAGCGCGCUGUUCAACGCGAAUUCCAACACGAGAAGGAAACCUCCGGUUAUGGAUGGCAUUCUAUUGAAGGACGUCGCCAUGUGGCUUUUAAAAGAAACCGGCAAUAUCAACAUCAACUGUCGAAAGAAAUGUAUGGAUAUGUUUUGUAAAAUUGCCCCAUUAUCAACCGGCUGCCAUAACAGCUUGAACAGGUUCAAAGAAUUGUACAUUACUGGUACCGAGUGGAUUAAUUCGACGUACGAGACCGAACUAAUGAAGUACCCAACGAUAAACCACUUAGGCAGUUCAAAUACGACUGAUGGAAUAUUUAAAUGGUGUCACGGUCUUUUGUGUUGUCUCGACGGUUACAUUUUCCUUUUGGCCAACAAUCUCAUGCCAAAAGACGCCGCUCCGCUAUUUACAUCGGUGGACUUUUUUCUCGAUCAUGUCUUGGAAAAAAAUAUUGGAGAAGUUGUGAGGUUGAACUGUUCCAAUAGCAUCUACACGGCUGAAGAAAGGAAAUAUUUUAACCACUGCAAAUCCUUAAUUGUGACAAAGUUGAUGGACUUGAUUGUGACCAUUUUUAAAAGUCGUGCGGAACCUUUUGCCAUUGGAGUGAAUUUCUUGCCCGAACACAGUUUGUGGAAUUUAGUUUGUCUUCGGAUUUUCGAUCCGGUUGUACUCGGAUUUGAUCAGAUGGAAAAUUCUGAAGACGUUUCGAUUUUUUUGAAUAACCUCAGCGACCACGCCCCUGAGAAUGUUAUUUCGUGUUUACAAACGGGCUUUCAGAGUCAUGUCAAUAAAUUUAACAUCACGAACAAGCUUGGGUCCGGCAUUGUACCCUUUAAAGAAAGGCAGUUAAUUAAGGGACUUAUGACCAUUAAAGGUACUCGGAUGAAGGACAAAUUGAAUGUGGACUCUUACAGUUCGGGUAUACUUCAAAACAUUCACGACGAAUUAAUCGUGCAUAGAGAUGGCAAAAUUUAUGCCAAAGAUCUGCACAAAAGCGCCACCGAGUACUGUCAUCUGAAGUUGCAGUUCGCUUUGGACAAUAAAGAUGAGUUUGUCAAGAUGUGCCAGCUGUUAUGUGUUGAGACUAUGAUUAUUACCGAUCAACAGAAGGAGAUUAAGUACGGGUAUUACUUUUUUGAAAAAUUUAAAGACUCGUUACUUAAAUAUCUUGUGAACAAUUACGCUGUAUUUCUCAGCGAAAUGUCUCAAACGAACAUAAACGAGUCUUUAUUUACAUACGUCUUCGAGAUUCUGCGCUAUAUACGGCAUAAUCGUAAACAAUUUUCACGAGACGUAUUACAAGACGUGGUCGAGUCUUCCUUGCAGUUAUGGAACGGAUUAGUUACAUAUUUUAAUGGAAGCUGUAAGCAAAUAUUGUUGGGUAUCGAAUUUUUGGCCAAAUUGGGCGAUAUCAGUCAGGUGCCGUUAAGUGACUUGAUAAAAAAUGCGUCCAGUAUUAGUUUAUGGGUGAUCGGGUUGUUCAGCUACACAAAUGACGGGUGGACUGAAGAAGAUUCUUUAAAUUUUGUUUCGGAAGUUAUCAAUAUUUUACCUAUAGUCAUUGGGCAUCAUGAUUUACAUUUUACGGAACUGGGGUAAGUAUCACUGUUUGUCAUUUGUGAAGUGCCAUUACUGUCAAAAUGUGUCUUCAAUUGUUUUGUAGUUUUUACAAUACUUAAAUUAUUAACAAAACUAGACAAAAUUGUUUAGCUAGGUAGUCUUUUUUUUUGUUUGUCAGUAGAGCGUCUGCGUGCUCGAUCAAAUAGCCUUAGUUUAUUAUAAAGAUAAAUUCACCAUGGAAACUCUUGAGUGAAAUUGUUCUGGAAAAGAAAUGGGAUUGGUUAACAGCCUUAAAGCCGUUCGGGAUUGGUUGAAAACACAGCUUUAACCAAUGAAAAUUAAUUAAUGGUUGCCUUGAUUAACACUCCGCCAUUAUGGACGGAUUUAAUUAUCUAAAGAUUGAG